AAUUUCGAACGUCUACGGAUUUUGCCGAAUGCCACGUUAACAAACGUGCACAGUUGUGCUUGUAAACGUUGUUGACAUUAAGCUAUAUUUUGCUUAUUUAUUCUAUAUUUCAUCAUGGAUAUGACUUGUAUAAUUGUGUUCAUGCUGGGCAUUUGCUUGGCAAAUGUAGACGCAUUGAUGUUUCAUUUAUCACCUAAUCAAAAGAAGUGCUUGAAGGAAGAGAUUCACAAAGAUGUUUUGGUUACCGGCGUCUAUGAAUUAUCAGAUGGACCAGGACAGAAAACAAACUUAGCUGUAACAGACUCAAAAGGCCAUACAUUAUAUAGUAAGGAAGAUGCUCAUAAGGGAAAGUUUGCCUUUACAACAGAGGAAUAUGACAUGUUUGAAGUUUGCUUUGAAUCCAAAAUGAUUGCUGGAGGGCAGGGAUCUGAUAGAGAAGUAUCACUUGACAUGAAACAUGGAGUAGAAGCCAAGAGUUAUGAUGAUCUGGCAAAGGCAGAGAAAUUGAAGCCAUUGGAGGUAGAAUUGCGACGUCUAGAAGAUCUUUCUAAAUCUAUUGUUGAUGAUUUUGCUUAUAUGAGAGCAAGAGAAGAGGAAAUGAGAGAUACAAAUGAGUCGACCCAUUCUAGAGUGAUGUACUUCAGUUUAUUUUCAAUGCUGUGUCUUCUUGGACUAGCAACUUGGCAAGUUCUUUAUCUACGAAGAUAUUUCAAGGCAAAGAAACUUAUUGAAUAAUUCAGUCAACAGAUAUUGGUCAGGGACAAAUAUUUAUAUGCAGCUUACAAAAACAUAUAACUGUACAAAGAAGAAAAUAAUAAGUGAUUACUGUUUCAAGAGUGAUCUUUAGUCAACAGACAAAAUUUUAAUAUCUACUCCGCCUUGUUACACCAAUGUUUUUAGAGAAAGUUUUUGGGCUUCAGCUGGAGUUCUAUAUGAUAGAAAGUUUACAAACAUGAAACAUAGAUUGUAAAGUCAAGUGUAAAUGUUUAUUGAUCACAGGUGGAUAUUGAUGUAUAGAAAAUUGAAAAAUACUUGCCAUCUUCUGGGUGAAAUCUUAUGAAAUUAAAAGAUUACAAAUAUGUUUACUAAUAAACUAAAAUAUAGUCAAAGAGAUAUGUUUUAAUGAGCAUUUUGUGAAAAUAGAGCCGAGUGUUUGUUCGUUACAAGUGUUUUUUUUUUACAAAACAUUUUGAAUUAAUCUUUACACUUUAAAAUAAAAUUUAUAUUAAGUUUGUAAGAUUGGACAAUGACUGAACUUGUGUUCAAUAUAAAUGUAAAUUUAGGUCCUUAAAAAAAAGAAGGAAAAAAAAAGGUUUUGGCAAACAUAAUAUAUGUUAUCUUAAUUGAUGUUUUGUUGAUGAACUUGCUGGUUUUUGUCAAACACUUAACUUUCUAUUUGUAGCACAAUGUUUAGGUUAAAAUUUAAUAUUGAAUAAAUGUUGGGACAUAACCUUGUUCAGUUAAUAACUGAAAUUUUCAUUUUGUAAAAGGUGUUUUGGUACAAGUUGGGAUACUGUAUCCAAGUUUUAAGUAUUAGUCGAAAUUUGUAUAUGAAAAUGAAGAUGGAGGUACAUUUUGUGUUAAAAUUUUAUGACAACUAAAUAGAUUUAAAUUAUUUAACUAUGAAAAUAAAUAAAUCUGACUUUAUUUACAAAUUGUGUAUGCAAGUAAAGGUUAAUAGUCCUAUGUUUUUGUAAGGUCAGUUUGAAUUUUAAUACCAUUACUUUGAAUGAUACAAUUUCGUACUGGUGCCUUUGAUACCUAUUGCAUAAUUAUCACUACAUUGUACAUUAGCAUGUAUAACAUAUCAUGAAGCGAUAUUUCCAAGAUAUUGUACCAGUUCUACAAGUACAGAAAUCACAAAUCUUUGCAUGUUUUGUAAGCACCAAUGAUGUUAAUUUAUCUGUUUCCUAAUUAUACAUGUAUCUUAUUGAUGGAUAGCUAUUGUUAACGGACAAGUAAUCAUGUGAAAUAUUAACAAUUUAUUACCAUUUAAAGUUUGAAAAAAAUUUGGGAUUUUUUCAUGUAAGGAAGCUCUCCAGCUUGCUUAUGAACAUAGAGGGAUUGUUCUGAAAUAAUGCACAGAGCCUGAGAAGUUCCGCAGCUAGUUUUGUUGGACAGUUACCAUAUGACCUUUACAGUGUUGAUACAACUAAAACUUGAACCAAAAUAAACUUAUAUUCAUUCUUAUUUUAUAGAAUAAUAAAUCUUUCUUUGAUAGUUAUUUUAUUCCUUCAAAAUUUGAAUAUUUUGUAGGUUAUACUGUUAAUUAUAUAAAUACAUGUAAAUUAAAAUGAAUAAUAAUGGUGUUUAUGUGUAAAUAUAGUAUAUAAAUAACUUAUACUGUGUGUGUGUGUGUAUGUGUGUAUGUAUGAGCAAGUAUUUUUAUAUGUGUAUGAUUUCAUGUUUUCCUCAUCAUGUUAUUACUAGCUUGUGUAUCUUCUUUUGUUUGUAUUCUGUAGAAACAAUGGUUUAAUUGGUUUUCUAAGGUCUUGAUUUUGUUUUAAAAAAAAAUUAUUUGUUGCAUUUUAGCUCAUCUGCAUUGGCAUCACACUUUUGGUAAAGAUUUUGCAUUUUUGCACUUAUUUGUAAGCGGAUUAUAAAUGGGAUAUCAUGUUCCAAGACCCAUAACACAAAAAUGGAGGGUGACUGAAUUUAGCCUUUUUUAAAAAUAUUUUUGAAUGUAGAAAAUUUUACAGUAUUCAGGCAGAAUCAGGCUAUUGUUUUAUUAUCAAGCACGGAAUAGUCGAGUAUGCUGUUUUACUGACAGCUCUUGUUCUUUGCUGACAGAUAAUAAAGGAUUUUUUUUCUAUGUGAAAUCAUUAAAAAAUAAAUUUAGAAAUUUCUAUCUAAGUUAGUCUUAAGUAUUAGAGAUUCUAUUUUUAUAAUGGUAA